GAAAGCCGCGGCCCUGUCUCCCUCCUCCCCUCUGGCCUAAGUUUACGCUGACUUCACCCAACAGGCACCUGACCCUCCCAGAUGAGCUGGGAGGGGCUAAAGCCCCACGCAGGCCACAGUGGGGGCGGAGGUGCAGGCAGCAGAUAUUAUUUAAGAUGCUGAGGCUGUAGGGCAUUCAGGGAAAGGAAGGAAAGGUAUAGGGAGCCCAAUUAACCUGAACUUUCAAACUCAAGCUUUGAGAAAGGCUCCGCAAGAGCCCAGGAAGAGAAAGCAAGAACGCGGGGAGCCCACCCAGAAAGUGCCAACUCGUCAUUUGCUCCGGCUUUUGCAGACCUCAGCUGGGCAUUUCCAGAUCCCCAGAAGGAAGAGCCUUCCUCACCCAGGCCCAGGAAAGAUGCUGAAAAAGACUCUCUCGGCGGUGACCUGGCUCUGCAUUUUCAUCACGGCCUUUGUCAGCCACCCAGUGUGGCCGCAGAAGCCCCCGAAACGCAAGACCCCUGCGCAGCUCAAAGUGGCCGCCUGCUGUGAGGAGGCCAAGGAGCUCAGGGCCCAGAUGGCCAACCUAAGCAGCCUGCUGAGUGACCUGAGCCAGAAGCAGGAGAGGGACUGGGUCAGCGUGGUCAUGCAGGUGAUGGAGCUGGAGAGCAGCACCAAGCGCAUGGAGUCGCGGCUCACGGACGCCGAGAGCAAGUACUCGGAAAUGAACAACCAGAUCGACAUCAUGCAGCUGCAGGCAGCCCAGACUCUCACCCAGACCUCGGCAGAUGCCAUCUACGACUGCUCAUCCCUCUACCAGAAGAACUACCGCAUCUCUGGAGUGUACAAGCUGCCUCCCGACGACUUUCUGGGCAGCCCCGAGCUGGAGGUGUACUGUGACAUGGAGACGUCCGGCGGUGGCUGGACCACCAUUCAGAGACGGAAGAGCGGCCUCGUCUCCUUCUACCGGGACUGGCGGCAGUACAAGCAGGGCUUUGGCAACAUCCGUGGGGACUUCUGGCUGGGGAACGACCACAUCCACCGGCUGUCCCGACGGCCGACCCGGCUACGCGUGGAGAUGGAGGACUGGGAGGGCAGCAUGCGCUACGCGGAGUACAGCCGCUUCGCCCUGGGCAAUGAGCUCAACAGCUACCGCCUCUUCCUGGGAAACUACAGCGGCAACGCAGGGAACGACGCGCUCAUCUACCACAACAACACAGCCUUCAGCACCAAGGACAAGGACAAUGACAACUGCUUAGAUAAGUGCGCACAGCUCCGCAAAGGUGGCUACUGGUACAACUGCUGCACGGACUCCAACCUCAACGGAGUGUACUACCGCCUCGGGGAGCACAAAAAGCACCUGGACGGCAUCACCUGGUACGGCUGGCACGGGUCUAGCUACUCCCUCAGACGGGUGGAGAUGAAGAUCCGCCCAGAAGACUUCCAGCCCUAAGUGGAGGCCUGCGGUGGGGCAGGCCUGGGAAAAUGGGGACUCACGGAGGCGGGCUGAGGGCGGGGAAAGGCAGGAAGCGGGGAGAGAAAGGUAGGGAUGGAAACUGGCCUACAAUCACCGAUGAGAGGGUCAGGAUCUGAGGGGCACAAUCACAUUUAAGUACAAGGGGGUUACCGAAUGGGAUGAAUUAUUUUAACACAGUCGGUUAUCACACAUACUUCUCAGGGCGCUGGCCCAAGGGGGCUUUCUCUGCCUGGGAUCCCUGACAGAUUCACUAAAAACUUUUCCUUUCCACUUGAUUCUUCUGUGAAAGAAAAGCAAUGAUGACAUCACUUUACCCAUUCAGUUGAAGGCCUAGGUUAUGUGAGGGCAGGAAACAGAUCCCUCACCUGAGAAGAACCCUGUGAUUUCGAUCCUCAAGGAGAGGUCUUGGGUGUUAGAGAAAGGUAUGAAAGAGAAUGGUGGAGAGUUCUGAUUUUUCAAAUUCAAUGAAAUUACCCUCAGUCCACACAUUUUUUUAAAGACAAAAACUUUUUUUCUGCGGGUGGUGGGCUGAGCCAGGCUGGACCUGUUCAGAGGGAUCUCUGGGGCCUGGGCCUGGUCGGGGGGGCUCUGGCCCUCCCUACUCUGCCACUAUCGGGGUGCGGUGUUGAAAGGCAGAAGCGGGUCUAGUCGCAGCUGGGGAGUUUCAGCAAGAGGUGGGGAGAAGUCCCUUGUGGACACUUGUACAAACUGCCUUAAAAUGUUCAGUCAAUGCAGAUAUAUCUAUUUUUAUUUUUUACUUUAUAAGAAAAGGGCUCAAAGAGCUUUCUCUUCUAACUUGUCUAUAAAAAGUGGCUGCAAAAUGAAGGUAGAUGACACUAUGGUUAAUAAUUCAUGCUGUAUAUAUGUAUUUUGCUUUGAAAAAAUAAAAUACUGUAGUAUAUUAUAAACAUCUGAAGUUUCUUUUUUCUUC